UGUUGGUUCAGAAAGUGGACAGUUACAAGCAGCAAAACAACCAAACAAACAAAAACAGUAGAAUAGAAUAAGAUAAAAUAGAUUAGCAUACUAUAAAAAUAGAAUAAAUUACUAUCUUGCAUCAGAAAAAUUACACUUAGUCAUAUUGCACAUAAGGGAGACUAGGCGAGGCUAUCAUGGUGUAUUAGAUGUGUGUGUGCGUGUAUGCGUGUGUGGUCAUCUGGAUAGUCUUUGUUGUGAAGUCUGACAGCAGUUGGAAGGAAAGAACUGCGGAAUUUCUCCGUCCCACAUACUUAGUACUCUGCCUCAAGUGACAGCAAACACUCUCUGCAGGCAGAUGGGCAGAACUCGCCACCUCUGCUCAUCAAAUAAACAGUUGUGAUUGGUUCUCCCGAUCAGGGCAGUUUAGUCAGACAGAGGCGGAGUAUUUCAGCAGUGACUUCGUCGUUGACAGCCGGUGACAAACUGACACCUGAAUACACCUGCCCUUAAAAAGAAAAAAAAAAUCCUGUAUGAGAUCCGGGGCUGUUAAAAAAAAAACAAAAAAAACAACAACAUCAUCCGGGGCACAAGUUCCUGACGUGCACUCUGGUCGUCACGUCGCUAUUAGUUGCUUCCAGUGUGGACUUUACCUUGAGGAGCUCACGUGUUAUUAAGGCGGUGCAGAGGUGAAGCUGGCAAAACAAACUGGAUUUCUCGUGAGUCAGCAACCUUGAGCUUCAGACCUUCCUUUACUGAUGAAGGGGGAGGAGAAAACGUCGUUCCAUAAUUCAUUGCGGCGGGCCGUGCGACAACUCAUAAAACUGAACUCUGAACAUCAAACUGCUGGAAUAAAAACUACAUAUUGUUGAGCUGCUGCCGCAUGAAGAACGCAGAACUGUGUGUAAGCAGUCACGUGAAGCAGCUUUGAACCAUCUUUACGCAGCCUGCACCUGGGAUCUUGCCUGGUGUGAUAGACCCCAGCCUCUAUGGAUCUGUAAUUGGAGCUUAUUCAUGUACUGCCAUGACAAAUACCCUCAGUGCUGUCUUUCUGUCCAGCUUUGUCCAGCCACUGCUACCUGAGAUAUUCACAAGCACGCAGUUUGUGGUAGCCAAUCCUCAUCAUCAUGGACAGUGGUUCUGACGCUCACCAGUCUUCGGCCUCCUUCCUUCCAUGUAGCGUACACUCUCAGGGUGCUGGACUCGAUGCAUGAUGGAAACAUGGCUAGUACAUCACAGUCUGCCAAAGAUUAUGUCAAGAAUGCCAGACUCCACCUCGUGAGAGAAUUAAGGAAUCUCUCUGUGAUUCUGGAGAACUUGUAUCAGCAAGGAGUUCUGUGUGAUGAAGAAGUGAGCAAAAUACAGGCAGAGAGGGACGGCUAUGAUAAAACCAGAAAAAUACUGGACUCAGUCACAAAAAAAGGAGAAGCAGCCUGCUAUGUGUUACUGAAGAUUAUUGAUAUGACAAGGAAAAGGACUUUAGAGAGACCCCCUCUUCUUCCUGAGAAGAGCAGUGAAGCUCCUACUGAGUCCAAGAAGUUUGACCUACACCACUGGAUCAGCUGCUUUUCUUUCAAGGACACACACGUGGAUGUAAACUACUUACAAGGACCAAGGCCGUGCCACAGAUAUCAGGAAAAGUUAAAGUCGAAAGUAAAAAAGAUAUCAAAUGAGUUUUGGCUGACAAGUAAAACUCUGUUUGGAGGAAACAAGAAGCCUGAUCUGUCAUACACCUCACUUGUAUUAGACACAGAGGAGAGUGUUUCCCCAUGUAAAAUAAAGAAAUUGAAGAAAAAGAAAAGCAAUAUGAGUCGCCCUAAAAAGCUGAGGAAAUACAUCCCUGAGGAGAAACCAGACAUUUCCCCGACUGAGCUGCUGGAAACGGAUAAAAACAUACUCUUGGUUGGAAAGCCUGGAAUUGGAAAGACAACAUUGACUCAUGAAAUGUUGAGACUCUGGGCAGAAAGAGAAAGCAAAGAGCUUGAUUACAUGUUUUACUUUGACAUGAGGGAAACAUCCCACAUCAGGAAUGCCAAAAGCUUGGAGGAACUUCUUUUUGGUGUGUUUUGUGAACCAGAUGAAGGCAAAGAUGAGGUCUUACAAGACAUACUGAGACACUCUGAUAACGUCACAAUCAUUUUUGAUGGACUCACUGAUCUCUGCUCAUCAGUGGUGGAGAAACUUCUUAAGAAAGACCUACUGCCUCUUGCAAAGAUCAUCAUAACAUGCAGAGCAGAUGAUGAGGAUGAAGACUUGUUUUCUGGGAACUUUGACAGAGUGGAGGUGAAAGGCUUUAGUGAGCAGACUAUAAAAACAUACUUAUCUGCAACACUUGGUGAAGAUCAGACGAAGGUUUUGAGUAACUUGGAACUGAUAACUCUUUGUCAUGUCCCCAUGUAUGCACUGAUGGUGGCUGCUUGCUUUUCAUCAAAAGAUGCUCCACAGCCAUGUACAAUAACUGAGAUAUACAUCAAUAUUGUUCGUUUUUUCCUUCAGAUAAACAGCAAAACAAAGAAGAAAGAUCUAAAUUCCUUCAUCAAAACCAAGAGAGAAGAAAUUCUGUCUUUGGCUGAAGUUGCUUUUCUUUCAGCUGAAAGAAAAACCGUGAACCUGACAGACCUGCCCUGUGAAGAUAGCUGUGUCCUCUCCUUCCUGAAACCACUUCUCAUUAAGGAGGCUGUGACUGAAACGAUAACCACAUAUGCAUUUCUCCAUUACACAGUGCAGGAGUUUUUUGCAGCACUGUGGCUCCUGAAGAAUCCUGAUAAAAUCAGAGAUGUUUAUCAGCAGUGCCUCACAGAGGAGAAGAAACACAUGAAACAUCUGAUCCCCUUCAUGUGUCGACUGUUGAAUGAGAAGAGCCCAAGUUUGAUGAAGCAUCUGAUUCCAGAUAAAGACCUGAAGAAUACAUCUAACUGGUUCUUCAAGGAGCUGAUUAACACAUUUCUUCCUCAUCUGUGUGAGCAAGAAGAGGCUGAUACUGAGGACAUACUGUUCUUAUGCCAGUGCUUGUAUGAGUCCCAGAGUCCUGAAGCAUGCAUCUACCUUCUGGACAAACUGGACUACCAUCUUGACCUCAGUGGAGAGAGUCUGGAUCCUUACCCUUGCUGUGCUGUGGCCUAUGUGGUCACUCAGUCAAAGGAAAGAAAAAUAUUGAUGAACCUCGAGGACGUGAUUAUAUCAGAACAAGGAAUGAGACAGCUGUUCGGAUGCCUUGAAAAUGUUGAGUGGUGUGACCCUCUCCCUCGACAAAUGUGGGAGAUUUUCCUUGUCAGUGAAGAGCAGAUGGACUUUGUAAGCCUACUCAGUCUUGAUGGAAAUCAGUUACACCUUCCAGUUGAUGGUGAAAAACAUCUGUUUGAAAGAGCUGUGGAAAUCAUCCAAAGGAUGCCUACCAAGGUUAAUGUCUGCCUGUACUGGGACAGAGAAACCUCUGCCUGUCAGAGUCUGUGUGAGUCUCUGUUAGAGGCUUUGCUGUUCAUCAGCUCACUUAGCUUCAGAGGUCCAGAGUCAUGGAGCCAGGAGAAAUACCAUGGGACACUGGAGAGGGAGCAGAAGAGGCUGUUCAUGGAUUUAUGCCUGAAAGCAGCACUUCAUGAUGGACCAAAUUUCUACAAUCUCCUGCAGUCUGGUCCAUAAACCUCUCAGAGAGAAAGACCUCCAUCCUCCUGGAAGUG